GUGUUCGUUAGACGUUGCUAUACUCAGCUCGACGAGCUCUAUCGAUUGGCUAACUCAGAUUUUAAUUUGGGGGUGUUCGUGGCUGUUCGUAGCUGUUCGUGGGUGUUCGCGUCUUUUAGCAAUACCCCUUCUCUGAUAGUAGUCGAAUUAGAUAUGAUAAAUCUUUUAUAAGACAUAGUAUUAUUUCGUGUAAAUAACUACGUUGCUUUUUUGGCAUUUUUAAAUGUACUUAUUUCGAAACAAUCACAUUUAAUUUACGAUCGUUCUGUAAUGUUUGAAAAUGAAAUGAAUGCUGAAAACAAAAAUAUAUGUAAGACAAGAAAAAAGUCUCAUAUGUACGAUAUGAAAAAAUGUUAUUCUUUGCUUGUUCGCUUCUCGAAAACAAGAAUCCAAGAACACAAAAUUCAAUAGAGCUAGAAUAGAUCAUUGCUGAUUAUGAGUUUAAUACAUUGAUGGAUGAAAAAAAGAUUUGGGAUACUAAACGGGUGGUUGUGAACGAAAAAUUUAUAUCUAUAAGCAGUUCUGGGAAGAAAUUUGAAAGCAGGCGUUUGUAUUUUCAAGAGGUGUGAUUUGAUUGUUUAAUUUUCUUAACCAAAAGGUUAUUCAAUUGCUCGUUAUUAGGUGUCAUUGUAGACUACAAUGUUUUAACAACGAACUAUAAGGAAUACAAUUUAGUGUAUGCAUGUGGACUUGGUUUCGAACUUGGGCUUGCUUGGAUACUUGCGUCAGUUAGAUUUAGUUAAACUAGAAAAUAUUAUUACUGAAAGACUGGCUAAUUGUCAGUUUUAUUGUUGUUCCUAAUGGUAGUAUGAUCUUGUGUUCUUUUAGUCGUGAAAAGACACUACCUGAAUCGAUAAUAAACGAAUUAAAACAAAUAUUACAGAAAAUCGAUUAAAUUGCAUCCAACUGUUCAAGAUUGUUAGUCAGAUUAACCGUCUUUCUACAGUAUAGAAAUGUCAUUUCAUAAUGUCAUAUGUUUUGUCAUUUUUUUAUGCUUCAUUUUCUGUAAUGUAAUUUUCUACAUGUAUGCACUAAAUUAGCAAAAAUUGCAGAUGUUCUGAAAAUUUUGGAUAAGGAAUUAUAUGAAUUGAUUACUAUAUAUUUGAAUGGCAUAAAUCAUUGUAAUACAUCUGUUUUUAGAUGAAGAGUAUAUUAAUUACAGGUGCAAAUCGUGGGAUUGGAUUGGGCAUUGUUAACUAUCUGGCGUCAAGCUCUGAACUAAAGCCAGACUAUAUUUUUGCUGGAUACAGAAAACCAGAAGAAUCCAAGGAAUUACUUGAACUAGGACAAUCGAAAAAGAAUGUCAUUCCAGUUAGAUUAGAUAUUACGAAUGAUGAAAGCAUCAAAGAUGCCAAGUUUGAAGUUGAAGGAAAAUUAAGUGGUAAAGGUUUGAAUAUGUUGAUCAAUAAUGCUGGUGUAGCAAAAAAAUUAAAUAUCAAUACAAUAAAUGAAAACGAUAUGUUGGAAACGUAUAGAAACAACGUUAUUGGACCAUGGAAAGUGACAAAAGUAAAC